AUGAUCAACUCAGCAUUAUUGCUGUUAGUCAUCGCGCAGCCAUUAUCUGCGAUAUUAUUCAACUUGGAUUUCGAAUUGCCCCCUCCGAUCGUUCACCAACUGCCACCAGAACCACCUGGGUGCUGCAGUCCAAUUCAAUGUGCAUUUGCUAACUCAAAACCGCCAUGUCCAAUCGGAGGAGCAGGGGGAGGAGGAGGAGGAGGGUAA